AUGAUAAGUAUCCUGUUCGGCCCCUGGCCUCGCGAGCCCCCCCGGGCACCUCUUUACUCGGCACCUCUUUACUCGUGUGCUGACACUGUGUACAGUUCUCCCAAGAGACGCGUCGACACCGAUGUCAUGAAGCUGCUCAUGUCGGAUUACCAGGUCACGCUCGUCAACAAUAAGAUGAGCGAGUUCUACGUCAAGUUCCAUGGACCCGCCGAGACACCGUUUGCGAACGGCGUCUGGAAGAUCCAUGUCGAGCUGCCAGAGCAGUUCCCCUACAAGUCGCCCAGCAUCGGGUUCAUGAACAAGAUCUUCCACCCUAACAUCGAUGAACUGAGCGGUAGUGUCUGUCUCGAUGUCAUCAACCAGACCUGGUCUCCCAUGUUCGGUAUGUCACUGGCACCGCCUCCAUUGGCUGACUCAAACCCAGAGCUCAUCAACAUCUUUGAAAUCUUCCUCCCCCAGCUCCUGCGUUACCCCAACCCCGCCGACCCGCUGAAUGGCGAGGCGGCUGCGCUUCUGAUGCGCGACCCCAAGGCUUACGCUAAGAAGGUCGAGUCUUAUGUUGACAAGUACGCGUCGAACGAGGAUGCGGACCGAGCAGGCGAGAACGGCGACGACGACGAGCCCAUGUCUCGCUCAUCACGGGCCAACGGCAAUGGUCACACGACCGCCAAGGAGAAGGCUGGAAGUGACGACGAGGACGACGAUGAUGACGACGACCCGAUGAGCGACAUGGGAGAGCUUAGCGAUGGGGACGAGUUCAUGGGCGAGAUGGACGACUGA